CAUAAAACUUCCUGCUGGAUCAUAAUUUCAUUGGCCACCCUUUAACUCCACCCCUUGAUUUACAGCUUAUAUAUUCCUUUCGAAAUUUGUUAGGAAUAGCACUUGGAGUGAGGUAGUAAGAACUAAGACUCAAGGAAAUUGGAAAGAGAAAGAAAUAAAAAGCUGCCUGGAGAGUAUGACAAUGAAUAUCAUUCCAAGUUUGAGUGCUGGAACCUGGACACUCAUCGUUCUCUUUCUGACUCUCCUGUAUCUAUAUGGGACCAGUACACACAAGUUAUUUAAGAACUUAGGAAUUCCAGGACCGACACCUCUUCCUUUCUUUGGCACUGUUCUUGCCUAUCGCAAAGGUUUUGCAGAUUUUGACUAUGGAUGUUUUAAAAAAUAUGGGAAAACUUGGGGGUUUUUUGAUGGCAAAGAAGCUGUGUUGGCCAUCAUGGAUCCAGAGACAAUCAAAACAGUGCUGGUAAAAGAGUGCUAUUCUGUCUUCACCAAUCGUCGGAUGUUUGGUCCAGCAGGGAUUUUGGAGAAGGCCAUCUCAAUUGCUGAAGAUGAGCAAUGGAAGAGGAUCCGGACAGUGCUGUCUCCAACAUUUACAAGUGGAAAACUUAAGGAGAUGUUUCCUAUCAUAAACCAAUAUGGAGAUGUCUUAGUGAAGAACAUGAAGAAAGAAGCAGAGAAAAGCAAGCCUGUAACUAUGAAAGAGAUCUUUGGGGCAUACAGCAUGGAUGUAAUCACCAGUACUUCCUUUGGAAUACAUGUUGAUUCCUUGAAUAAUCAGAAUGAUCCCUUUGUUAGAGAAAUCAAAAAGUUAAUUAGAUUCAGUUUACUGGACCCACUCAUUCUUUCAACAACAAUUUUCCCAUUCCUUAUUCCUUUGUUUAAGAAAUUGGAUAUAACUAUAUUUCCAAAAGAAGCAACAGAUUUCCUAGCUAAAUCUAUUAUAAAAAUAAAAGAAGAACGAAAGAAAUCUACAGAGAAGCAUCGGGUAGAUUUCCUUCAACUUAUGAUGGAUUCCCAGACUUCUAAAAAUUCAGAGUCACACUCUCAAAAAGAUCUGAGUGAUGAAGAAAUUCUGGCUCAAUCCAUCAUCUUUAUUUUUGCUGGCUAUGAAACCACCAGCUCUGUCCUUUCCUUCCUUUUUUAUCAGUUGGCUACCAAUCCUAAAAUCCAGGAGAAACUUCAGAAGGAGAUAGAUGCAUUUCUGCCCAACAAGGAAGCUGUCACCUAUGAUGCCCUGGUACAGAUGGAAUACCUAGACAUGGUGAUCAAUGAAAAUCUCAGGCUGUACCCCAUAGCGGGUAGGAUUGAAAGGGUUGCUAAGAAAACUGUGGAGCUCAAUGGCUUGACAAUUCCUAAGGGAACAGUGGUGAUGGCUCCUCCCUAUGUCCUUCAUCGUGACCCAGAAUACUGGCCAGAACCAGAAGAGUUUCGUCCUGAAAGGUUCAGUAAGGAAAACAAGGAGAGCAUCAACCCCUAUGUGUACCUGCCCUUUGGUGCUGGACCUCGAAACUGCAUUGGGAUGAGAUUUGCACUUAUGAGUAUGAAAGUUGCUGUUAGCCGACUCCUGCAGGAAUUCUCCUUCAGACCUUGUAAAGAGACACAGAUUCCCCUGAAGUUGAGCAAUCAGCCACUCCUUACACCUACUGUACCUAUCGUUCUGCAAGCUGAAUUAAGGAAUAAGAAAGGAAAUCAACACUAGAAAUCUUCCAUCUCACUUUGCUUAUCUACAAUCAUCUCUUGAAUUCCUCUACUAUAUUCCAAGAACAGAAUAUCCCUGGACUUCAAAAGCAACUUAAUUUAUCAUAUGAACAAAACAAAGAAAUUGAAAUGAGGUUUUUUUUUUAAACUUCAGGGAUGGAUUGCAGAUGGCCUUUUGGAGAUCUCCAUAUCUGAGAACAAUUGUAAAAUACUUAGUGGUGUCAUGUCACCUAUGUUGAUUUAACUGAUCAUGUUCCAAAAGAACUAAAUCCCAACAUACUAGUACCACUUGAUAUUACUAGAUUGUACUGAUUAAUAGAGAACACCAUGCAUUGAGAAGCUGUUGAAACAGCUUGUGACUCCUAUAUUCACACUGAAUGUUAUAAUAGUGUGUGGUGGCAUAUUUCUUAUUUUUAAUAUUCUGCAUUAAAGACUUUUGCUGCUACAAAUCAUUAAAGACAUGCCUGUAAACUCCUUUGUUGAUAUCUAGUAUACCUUAGAAUUAUAUUAAUAUCAUUUAGUUGCAUGGUCAAUGUGUUGGGUUUUUUAUCUUAAUUAUUUUUGUUAGUCAACUGAUCAGAAUAUUGAUACAGAAAUCUGGGUUAACUACAGAUAUCUUGGUUAAGUGUACUAAAUAGUUCAGUUAUUUCUUUUUUCUUUUUCUAUUCCUUUCAUAAACAUUUGAAUAUUAAUCCUGACAAAAGCUUUGGGCUGUCAAGGAUUAGGUUCAGUCUCAGGGGCUCUUCACAAGGGACACUCUUUUGGUCAUGUCCCACUGAAGCUUUUACCCCAAAAUUUCAGUGUUUGUCUCCUUUAUUUUUCUCUGUACAAAUGGUAAAAAGGAUCCUGACUCUUUGACCACUCAGAUAUUUAUGCAAACAGUUUGUCAACAACAACAAAAAAAGGCUUUCUGUGACAAAAACUGUAAAGUAAAAGCACUUGUUCCAAAGCUUGUAAAUAGUGAAAGGUACUCUCCUUAAGAACUUGUCUGGUCUCCAUUUUACCCAAGGUUGCUCUUAGGUUAGAUACUGUCAAAACAGAGAAAUAUUUGAGGUCACUAGAAUGUUUUCUCAAACAGGGAAAUGGAAGGUAAAUGAGUUAUUGGAUAAUUAAUGUAACAAUAGCUAAAUAAAAAUUUUAAAUGAAUUAUUUUAAAAAUU